GAUACAGAGUGAACAGACCAGACAGCAACGGCGCGCAAGGUCAAGUGCCCCCCGUCAGCUGCGGGCUGCCUGGCCUGCCUGCCAGGAGGCCUAGUUGCCAACACAAACACGCAACGCCCAGCCAGGCGACCGCUGCAACACGGGAUACCACCAGACCGGACAAGGCCAGCCAGCCAUCGCCUAGCUUCUCCUAUUCAUCUAUCCACGGCACUUGUAUGCGCCUGCAGGCCGUACCAGUCCCGUUGGGGCAUGACAUGAUAUGACAUCUUCAAGGGUUGCUGGUGAACUUGUUAGCUCUACCAGAAAGCAGUCCAGAAACGUUUUUUUGAUCUUAAGGGUGCCCCAAUCCCCUAAUAUUCAACGUCCAACGAAACCGACGAGGCCUCGCCCCCCCUCGCCUUCGCCUUCGCCUAGCCUCGCCCCCUCCGGCCACUUUCGUAUUCCAGGGCGGCAGCCCCUUCCCGGCUUCCCUCCUGAUCUCUGUUCGUCGUUUGUCACUCACUUGUGAGGGUCUGGGCGCCAACCCGACUCUGCCGUGCUGGUACUGUCCCGGUCCGGGUUUUCUUGUCUAACACGAGACAGGUUGGCGGCCGUCACACGUAGAUCUGCCCGUCAGCCUGUUUGCUUCCCAGCCCUCCUCGUGCUGAUUCACCAAGCCCACCAAGCCCACCAAGCCCUCCAAGCCACCGAGCAUUCUCUCAUAGUUUACUGCGAUACAUCGCCUCGUACGGCACUGCUGCUCUCCCACCGCGGACCUCUCCCAGUUAAAGUUGCCCGAUCCACUGCAGCGGCACCUUCAUUCGCCCUCCCCAUCAAAACUCCCCACUUGCCCGACAACCCUUGUCCUAUAUUGACUGACCAGGAUCACAACGCAACGGAACCUCGCUUCUUUGCUUGUCGCCGUCACACCUUGGACCUUCCUUGCUCCACCCUGCCCGCCUGUCUGAGCUCGCUCAACGCGUCACAGCUUCUGACGAAAUCCCGAACUGAGAGCCCACAGGCCCUCAGGCCGCCCACCUGCCACCACCACCCCCAGCAGACACGACGGUACGGCUGCUGUGCAGACGGUCCUCCAACGGUCCUUACACGCCGGAUUGCUCGCCGUUUGGCCCAGCCCUGUGUGCUUGUUAUACCACUUGUUGACUCCUGAACUUGUCCCAGCCCUCCGACCUGGUUCGUAUUCCCCGUGCCAGUCUUGCUGUUCUUGUUCUUGUUCUUGUUCUUGUUCUUGUCCUGUUCUUACUCCUACUCUAUGCCUUGGCCCGUCUCUGUGGGCCUGCCUGCUUGCGUUGCUCUGCCCUCGAAUAAGACUUGACAGACACCGCUCUCCUCCACACCCGUCUGCCCAGCAUGCCGCUGAGCAAGUCGUCCCGCUCCUCCAAGAGCAGCCGGCCCUCCCUGCUCUCACUGCCCUCCGUGCACAGCCUGCUCUCCAACUCCUCCCAUGACAGGGACGCCAAGUCUUCUGGUGGCUCUUCGCCGGCGAGGGCGCGCUCGGCCGACACGGAGGCCGUUGAUGAGUUAGGCGCAGAGAAGCUACAGAGGAGGAAGUCGAGGCUCAACGUGCUGACGUCCUUCUUUGCGACCCCCAGCUCCCGCGGCUCGACUCUCACCGACCCCGCCGGUCCCAUCCCCAGCCUGCGUCCCAAGACAGCAACAGAGGCAUCGCCUCCCACGCACUUGAGAAAAGAACCUAUCCCGCGGAGACCCGUCGCCUCGACAAUCGAGCUCGCAACGAGGCCCCCUUCCUCCGACGGCAGCCCCAACUCCCUCUCCAACCCCCACGACUCGGUCUCCACCAUCGACAACUCCCCAGGGGCGGCAGCAGGGCCUGGAAUCCAGACUCCAGUCACCCAGGCCUCCGAUUGCGACUUCGGCUUUGGCGUCGAGCACACCGAGUUUCCCGAGGCAGCUGACACCGGGGCCGAAACUCAUACCGGCCAAGACAUGCCGCAAGUAAUACAGAAACAGCCGCGCGCCGUGUCCGCCGACGGUGCGCCCCCGCUACCCCCAAAGGACCCUUUGCCAAAGGAGCAACCACCGGCGCCCGUGUCACCGGUUGCGCCAAAAUCCAGGGGAAGUGCACGCAGCAGUUCUGCCCACCAGUCUUCCCCGGAUAGGAGGGACGGUCCUGCGAAAUUACAGUCGACCAGGCGCUCCUCCCCGGUCCCGCGCGUAAGAAGCAGCUCUGCGCAGCCGUCAACGCACAGGGAAGUACUGGGCGAUGCUCCCCAGGCCACGUCUAAUCCUGCGGAUGCAGUCACAUAUCCCAGGCCCAUGUCAAAACAGUCCAACGACGGCAGUGACAGCCGGGGAAGACUGCGAAGAAGUUGGCUUCCAGGGCGGCCGAGCUCGGGCUCCAAGGACCUGAAAAAGAUGUCCCCGAGCAAGGCGUGGAUCUUGUCGGCUGACAACCAGGCUGAUUAUAACACAGCGUUCCUGGCCAACAAUGAGAAGGUUCCCGAACUCUGGGCUGAGAACGGCGAUGUCCAUGUCUACCUCUCGCCCAAGGCCAGUGGAAAAGGACCGUCCUUCAAGGUCUCAUCGCAAGCGAUCGAGGCCUCGGUAGUGUUUCACGAGUUGAUACAGGGAGAGCUGUCGAGUAGCAGGGCCGCAAGGGACAGGUCGAGGAGCUUCGAUGGGCGCGACAACCUGACGGCCCGGGACGCCGACCGCCAGCCGCACCAGCAGCUCAUGCCCGAGCCCGCGGACGGGGUGAUUCGUCUGUAUCUUCCUCCCGCGGCCCCUGACCAGCUUGCGGCCCAGGACCCCAAGACACAACCCGAGCUGCAGCGCCUGGUUGCGAUUCGAAACCUGUUCGCCUUCUUGACCGGACAGCCACUCGUGGCCACCAAAUUCCGACCGACCAUUUUCUCCGCAUUCCUUGAGAUCUCAUCCCUGCUGAAGGAGUUCGAUUUCAUGAGCAUGGAUGGCACGACCUGGGGCGAGGGCGUUGACCUGAGUUUUGGGUUUUACAUGUCCCAGCUCUCACUUGCUGACGUGCGACACAGCCGUGAAAAGACGCUAGAGGCCGUGAUCUUGGGCGAGCGCAUGAAGUGCUGGGAGCUGUACAACGAGGCUUUCACUCAUGCCGUGGGGAAAUGGCAGGCGAUUGUCUCCCUGAAAUCACCACUCGCCAAGCAGGUGUCGCCCGAGGUGUGGCGCCGUCUCGAACGCUCAAAUCUGGAUCUGUUGAACCGUCAGCACAAUGUCAAUUCCAGGCUGGAGGAAUUUGAGUUCCCGGCCCUUUUCUCUGGCGUUGCAGGAUCUUCCGAAUUCAAGGAUAUACGUUUCAACCGGUGGAAAUCGUCCUUCUCGAGGAUGCGCGGCUUCACCCUAGGGUACUACAAGUCCCUGUUCGGGGCCUGGCCGCCCAAGGCAAGAAGCAAGAAGAACCCAUUCUCAGAAAGCGGCCUGAACAGGCUUGUUCUGAAGACGCUGUAUGCGGAUCUCUCAUCGCUCUAUGACCUCUUGGUGGACCGCGACUCGGUCACACCACGCGUCAUAGAUCAAGCUGUCGAGGAUAUCAUCUCGGAUAAGGAGUCCAACGAGCACAUCCGGGCCCUGCGCAAACUGCUCACUGAAUUCGACCAGUCCUCACCACCAGUCUUGCCUCCAAUCCCGUACGACAUCCCGAUCCUGCCGACCAUGAAGACUGUGCAGGUCAAGUACGACGAGAUGAAGGAGAAGGACCAGCUCAAGUUCGACCGCAAUAUCAAGGACCACGAACUACAGCUCAUAAUGCACAAGUCCUACAACUUCGACGCUGACAGCGUCAAGUCACCGUUCCUCCUCCACUUCAAGGAGUUCGACCAUGACCAGGCCAAGGGCAGGUCCCAGGCCGAGCUCGUUGAUAACCGCCUCGGCAUAUGGCUCUUCCUCUACGUGGUCAUCCAGUCACUCCCGCUUCUCGUUAUCGACGCGCCUGAUCUGCAGUUCACCGAAGGUGUUGAGUAUUUCCUAUGUCAGCCGCCGAUGGGGAACCCGCCGUGGCUCGAAGAGGCAGGCGAGGUUCGCAAGGCCUGGUACCAGCUGCCCGGAUCGCAGGUCAAGGUGGAACUCUCGGCAGAUGUGGUCAUGUUCUCCGUAGAGGGCACCUUCGAGCGCUCGCACUGUUGGGAGGCCGCCAAGGCAUGGGAGGAAGCCAAAGUUAACGGCGGCUCUGCUGGCCUGGUUGGGAUGCAACCACCACCGCCGCUCGCCGACGGGGCUGCCGGCUCCGCUUACUCGCCACUUGAGGCGCCUCGUGCCGUCUUCGAGGACAACGACCCUGUGAUGGGAAUGGGCGGAACAGGCGGCUACCACAGCAGCAAUGGCAACUCGCCGGCAAGCUCGGCGCCGCCGUCACCCGCCUCCGGGCCCCAGAGGCGCGUCAUAUCGCCGAACAGUGGUCUGGCCGCCGGCCGCGGGGCAGGUUCCAACUUCCGCGCGAGCUUCGCGGGGCUUUCCGCCCUGGAGCCCCUGGCACCGCCCGCCGGCGCCGCGCCGGUGGACCGCCGCUCGAGCCGCGUGUAUAGCUUCCAGGUAGCGCAACGGCAGGAUUCCCUCGGCCCCGACAGGCCGCAGAGCCCGGGCGAUUCCGCGCCGGGCACUAUCCGGAACGCCAAGUCAGUCGACAACAUGCGUGGCGAGGUUCCCGCCCGGAAGCCUGUCGGGGGCGGCGGCGGCGGCGCGGGCAAAGGCCACAACCAUACCCUGAGCAGCACUUUUGACGACAUCCUCAAGGACAUGGGUAAUCAGCAGAAGCCAGCCAAGCAGAAAAAGAAGUUUGGGUUCUAGGCGAUCCCGGAGGAUCUUUCUGAGCACGAGCACGGCGUGAUGCGAAACCCAGGUAAUGGCGGCAGCGUUACUGUUGUUGUCGGUGGUAGAACCCACGACGAUUCCAAGGCAGGAGCAGGCUUCGGAGGAGAGAAGCAAAAGGCCCGGAGCGUGAGCUUUCAAUGCUGAGUUGGAAAGCUAGUGAGGCGGCGGGGAAAGGGAGGUAGGGGCGAGGAAAGGAGUCUGUGAUGGGAAGGGCGGACGGAUGCUCGCACAUUCCUUGUCCUGGCGUUCUGGGUCGUCAUCAAUAGCCUUUGUCCACCACCCACCCCCCGCCCCCUUUCCCCCCCUAUCCUUUGCACAUUUUAUGAAACGCCACUGAUUGACAAAAAGCAUGGCGGUAAAGUGAGGAACGGGAGGGAAGGAUCAUGUCUCCUUUUGCGAAGAAAACGGAGGGAGCAUUCAGUGGACGCAUCUACCCACGCAUCAUUUCAAGAAGUGGAGUUGGCUUAUUGCUUGUCACGGCGUAUUGUAAUACUCUAGUACCUUUGUACGCGCCUGGAAACACCUGGUGAUUGGGACUGGUUCGGACACGAUCAUCAAGGGGCAGGUAGAGCAUAUGACAUUACUAUCUUUGCA